CCCCGACAUCAUCUUCAAGGACGAGGAGAACACCGGCGCCGACCGCCUCAUGACCCAGCGCUGUAAAGACCGCCUGAACUCGCUGGCCAUCUCGGUGAUGAACCAGUGGCCUGGCGUGAAGCUGCGGGUAACCGAGGGCUGGGAUGAGGACGGCCACCAUUCAGAGGAGUCCCUGCACUACGAGGGCCGUGCAGUGGACAUCACCACAUCGGACCGUGACCGCAACAAGUACGGACUGCUGGCACGCCUGGCCGUGGAGGCCGGCUUUGACUGGGUGUAUUACGAGUCCAAGGCCCACGUGCAUUGCUCCGUCAAGUCCGAGCACUCAGCAGCAGCCAAGACAGGCGGUUGCUUCCCCGCUGGAGCCCAGGUGCGCCUGGAGAGCGGGGCACGUGUGGCCUUGUCAGCCGUGAGGCCAGGAGACCGAGUGCUGGCCAUGGGGGAGGACGGAAGCCCCACCUUCAGUGAUGUGCUCAUUUUCCUGGACCGCGAGCCUGACAGGCUGAGGGCCUUCCAGGUCAUCGAGACCCAGGACCCCCCACGCCGCCUGGCCCUCACACCCGCCCACCUGCUCUUCACAGCUGACAAUCACACAGAGCCAGUAGCUCACUUCAGGGCGACAUUCGCCAGCCAUGUGCAACCUGGCCAGUAUGUGCUGGUGGCUGGGGCGCCAGGACUUCAGCCUGCCCGAGUGGCAGCUGUCUCCACACACGUGGCCCUCGGAGCCUAUGCCCCACUCACAAGACACGGGACGCUGGUGGUGGAGGAUGUGGUGGCAUCCUGCUUCGCAGCCGUGGCUGACCACCACCUGGCUCAGCUGGCCUUCUGGCCCCUGCGACUGUUUCACAGUUUGGCGUGGGGCAGCUGGACCCCGGGUGAGGGCAUACACUGGUACCCCCAGCUACUUUACCGCCUGGGGCGUCUCUUGCUUGAAGAAGGCAGCUUCCACCCCCUGGGCAUGUCCGGGGCAGGGAGCUGAAAGAACCCCACCACUGCCCUCCAGGAACUGCCAUACUGGGUCCAAGGUCCUCCCUGCCAGGAGGACACUGGCCCUAGAAGAGACUUGAGCUGGGGACACCAGUUCCUGCCAUGUCCUCCAGCGUGGAGUUACAUCAUGAGAUUUGACUGAGCAAUGCCAGUGUCCCUUGUCCCUCUUGGCAUAGUGAUAGAGCUGCAAGCUGAGCUGGCAGUGGGGACGGCCUGUCGUUAUAUCUACAGAUCUGCAGGCUGGCACGGGGGCUCCCAGACCGGCCAGCUCUCACUGCGACUUCACACCCUGCCUCCCCUGGUGGAGAGGGCCCAGUGCACCUGGCUUGGGCCCCCCUUAGGUGGGCUUGCACCUCAGUUGAUGCUGCUAGAUACCCUGGGAGCCAGCCAGGAGAUGGCUGGACUCAAUGCUGCCCAGAGCUGAGAAGGCCACCCGGGUGAGGUGGCCACUCUGGCCAUCCUGAGGCAUGACCUUCCUCCCUGGCCACACUCCUCAAGACACAGGCAUUGACUGUCAUGGGCAGGGCUCUGCAUUCCAGCCAAUGUGACCAUAGGGCCUGGGACCAGGGGAGGUAGGCUGGAUGUCCUUGCCACCCCUGGCCCCCCAAGCUCCUUUUUCUGCCAAACCAUGACCCCCACCCCUUCCUCCGGUCAGUCUCCCCACCUUAUUUAUUGGCGCGGAGGAGGAAGCCCACAGGAGAAUUGGGGGGAUGUUUUUUUCUUCCUUUUGUAAUAAAAAUUAUUUAAGUUGUUGGA